AACUGGUGUUAGGACCCAGGGAGUGCCUGACCGUGGACCUGCCUACCCCCUACAAUAAAUAUAGCUUGCUAUUAGGACAGAGUCAGAUGGCCAGAGCUGACCGACAUGACAACCCCCCACAUGCCAUAGCCUGAAGGAGAGACAGUUUCCCUAUGAAGAGUGUGUGUUGCAGUGAGAGAGCAAGUACGUAGACGGUUUUAGUGAGUGUAUGUUUGUGGAAUUGAUGAAUGUCACUGGAAGUGUGAUUGGAUGUGUUUCUAUUGUCAUUGGGGGGGUGCACGAGAAAAGUGUGAAUCUACUUGUGUGUAGGCUACUGUUAUUUAUCUGUGUGUGUAGUGUGAGAAUGUCACUGUGAAGUGUUUGUGAGAAAGAUACAAGUCAAAAGUGUUGUACACAAGUGCAUGUAUGUACGUGAAAUAGGAGAAAGGAAAGUUGACAUUGGGGCGAGUGAGUGAGUGAGCGCAGCGCAGGCUUAGUUAGCAAAGGUCGACGUGUCACCAGGGUCAAAGGUCAUCCGUCGGAGAUGCUCCAGCCGCAGCUCCAGCUGUGCAAGGUCACCAACGCGCUGUUCAUCAGCAACGCACGCUCGGCCUGCACUGACGACCUCAUCCAGCAGGAGGCAGUGACGCUGUGCAUCAACGUGUCCAAGCAGCAGCCCUUCCCCGAGUCGUCACGCAUCGCUGCGCUGCGUGUGCCCGUCUACGACGACCCCACUGAGGACCUGUACCGCUACUUCGAUAGCUGUGCAGACGCUAUCCGGGACGAGGCAUCCAAGGGAGGCCACACCGUCGUCUAUUGCAAGAACGGCCGCAGCCGCUCGGCCACCAUCUGUGUGGCGUACCUCAUGAAGUACCGCAAGCUCUCAUUGGCUGAGGCGUUUACGAAAGUGAGGACUUCACGCUCAGUGGUGGACCCCAACUCGGGAUUCUGGGCCCAGCUGGAAAGAUAUGAGCAAGAGCUGAAAAAGAGGCGGGGGGAGGUGGACAACGCCCCAACCUAAUGUUGUGCCAAAUUCCUCGCCCUCUAGAACCCUGCAGCUCUCCACCGUAAACCGACCGUCCUGAAACUCUUUGGGCCAGUUUCCCGGACACAGAUUAAGCCUAGAUUAAAAACCAUGGUCAAUGGAACAUCUCCAUUUUAAAUUCAGGUCUAGGUUUAAUCAUACAUGAGUUUUACAUAGCAUUUCUAAAGGACAUCUGUGUCUGGGAAACUAGCAUUAUAUCUAAAGAGGUGGACCAGCCUCCGGUCUAGAGGAGCCCCCACCUCUGGAGUUGGUAGAAGUUGCCCCUAUAAUCGCUGGGCCAGGGUACGAUAUUUUCCAUCCUCCUAAUGGUUAAGGUUAUGAUUGUGGGUUGGGUAAUCUGAUCCUAGAUCUGUGGUAGGCUAGGGGCUACUUCUACAUCGAGCUCCACCCUGUGGGACCCUGGCCCCCUCUAACCCUUAGAGAAACAAAGAGAAGUGUUACUUUUUACCCUCAAAAUGACGCUCCAUUAGUUCAUUACAAAGCCACAUGCAUUACAAAGCCAAUGCAUUACAAAGCCAAUGCAUUACAAAGCCAAUGCAUUACAAAGCCACAUGCAUUACAAAGCCAAUGCAUUACAAAGACACAUGCUUUGUAAUGCAUUCUAGAUACAUUACAAGUAUGAAUUUAUAUAACUUCUUAUGUGCAAAAAUAUGUCUAUGUAGAUGUAUUAUUAAUAUAUGUGUAGCCUUUAGGGAUUUAAAAAGCCUGCUGAAAGGAGCAAUGCACUGCUAUGAAUGCUUAUAGCAAGUCAUAUAAUGAAAAAAAGGUUCUAUAAUGCACGAGUGGGUGAUAAUAGAGAAUGUAAGUGCCAUCAUAAUGCAUUAUGUACAGUUGGUUCAUAAAUCAACCCAAUCUCUUAAA